UUAACAAUAAAAAAAUAAAAUGGCUCUGCUACCAUACUUGUGGGAUUAUGAAUUAAGACCACAACGUCUUCGCGAUCAGCUUUUUGGAAUGGAUUUAUCGCCAGAUGAUUUUCUAACCGACAUAUUUGAUCGCCCAUCGCCUCGACGCUACCUGCGUCCAUGGAGAAACUUGGCAUUACUUGCACGUGACGUCGGUUCCACGAUUAAAACCGACAAAGACAAAUUCCAAGUCAAUUUAGAUGUGCAACAUUUUAACCCGGAAGAAAUAUCGGUGAAAACUACAGAUAACUAUGUAGUCGUUGAAGGAAAACACGAAGAAAAGAAAGAUGACCACGGAUUUGUGUCAAGACAGUUUAAACGUCGUUACGCUUUGCCGGAAGACUGUAACCCAGAACUAGUGGAAUCUAAGCUGUCUUCGGACGGAGUUCUGACGAUAACAGCCCCUAAAACUGCUUCUGAAAGCGAGAAUGAGCGAAUUGUGCCCGUAUCUCAGACCGGUCCGGUGCGACGAAAGAUUCACGAUACUGAAGAAAAACACGAGCCAAAUGGUGACGUAGAAGAAACUAAAACUCCACAGAAAAAAAGGAAACGUUGAGAAAAUGCGAGAAU